AUGGCUGAUAAGGCUUCCUCCGCCGGCAAGUGGUCGAACCCUGUCCUUCUUGAGGCGUUGGUCAUGGCUUUCCAUGGCGUCGCCAAGGGCGAGGGUCUUACCAAGGAAGCUAAGGAUGCCGUUGUCGAGAAAGUCCAUCUUUGGGGCUUCACUGACAUCACCUGGGAGGGAGUAAGCCAAAUGAAAUGGACCUCUGAGGUCGACCAGCAGAUCCUGGUCGUCCUCGUCAAGGCUGUCAACCCGACCAGCGAGCAGUACGACGUCGUCCUGAAGAAUCUCGAACCUUCAGCCACCAUGUCUCGCCAUUAUCAGAAGUGGACUCCUGAGAUUGAUCAGGACAUCCUUACUGCUAUGGUGAAAGUCAUGAACCCAAGUACUGAGCAGUACGAGGCUAUCUUCGAGGCUCUGAAGCCUUGCGGCUACGGCUUCACGGUCAUCACCAUGAAGUGA